AUGCCUUACAACACACGGCGCAAGUCGCUGUCCCUGCCCAGCCUGGGCAUUCACAUCCCCGUGACGCACGCCGCUCGCGCCGCCGCCUCGGCUUCGUCUUCCAAGUCUGCCUCCCGUCUCUCGACCUCGCCUACCGCGCCCGCCGCUGAGUCCACCGAGUCGCAUCCCAGCAAGCGUCUCAAGCGUUCGCACAUCGGUCCUGCGCCCGCCGAGGCCAUUGAGCAAAGCCCCCCUCCCUCCCCUACCGUCGCCAACAGCAUCGAGAUGACCGACGCCGACUCUGUCUCCAAGAUUGAUCUGUCCACCGUCAACGACGACAUUGUCGAGGGCGUCAUUGUUCAGCUACAGACGACCGGCAACCGUCCCCAUCUUGUCAAGGACCUUGCCAUCGUCCUCGGUCAGACUCUCACUUCGGUUCAACAAUCUGCCAACCCUUGCGCCAUCAUCUCCUCUCGCCUCUCUUCAUAUCUCAAGCGUCCUGUCUGGUCUGCUUCCUCUCCCUGCCCCUUGGCCAAGGAGCUCGAGACUGUCCACCCCCGUCGCACUUACUUCUUCCUCACUACCCAGCCUCGCCAGGAGCUUCCUGACCCCAGCAUGGUGCAGCCCAUUCUCCCCGCUGCCAUCAUCACCCCCUCCGUCUCCCUUACCGACGACUCUGGCUCUGACGCCGAGGGUCGCCGCCGCGAGCUCAGCCCUUCUCCCGAGGUUGAUCUCUCUCCUCAGGAGUUUGAGGACAGCUUCGACGACAUGUUCCUCCCCGGUACACCUGCCGGCUCCUUUUCCUCGUCGCGCCGCGUUAGAAUCGCCCGCGACUUCCGCCACGACUCGCCCCCUCUGGAGAAGGAUGAGCGCGAGUUCACACAGACUGCCGACGUUGUUCUCAAGCGCAAGCUCUCCGAGACCACUCCCGUCGUCGUCGACCCCGCUGACCGCGUCAUUCUGGCCGAGUAUGGCUUUCGCGACGACAUGUGGUUCGGCGAUAACCGCACUGCCUCGUCUACUUCCUUCCUUGCCAGUCCCGCUAUUAAGCCUAGCGCUGGUCCCUUUGGUCGCAAAGACGAAGACGCCGAUAACUGGCUGCGCCUCUUUGGCGGCGAGCAGGGCGCCGAGAGCAUCGAGAUUGAGGAGCUCGAUGGCCUCCUGGACGCCUAUUAA